GAAUCGGAUGUAGAAAUAGGAUAUUGUGCCAAUACUAAACAGAGGUAUAGUAUGUUAUGAUGAAUAUCAUGCCCUGUUUUUCUUGUCACAGUCCAGUUACUGGCGUGGAUUGGGGGGCUGGGAGGACUCCCUAAGACCGAAACCAAAGAAGACUGAAUAUUUUCAGAUAAAACAUCACCAAUCCCAUCGCAAAGACAAAGACAAACAGACCGUGAGCAAGACAGAUGUACCAUUAAAACCUGCAACAACAUAUCCUCAAGAGACAUCAAGUAUUCCGACUCAAAAACGUACGGGAAUGUUGAGUGCUGACAUUGGACAACCUGAAAUGUUGGUUCCUUCUACAAUCCAAUCAAAGGAGGGACCACUGUCGACUUGUCCUACAUCAACUGAGGGGCAGGGAAGUCCAGGCCCUAAUUAUCACACACAGGAAAGAGAUAUUGGUAAACUAGUGUGGGCUAAGUUGGGACGAGACCGUUGGUGGCCUGGAACCAUAGUUCCGGGGCCCAUGGCAAGGAUGCCGAGUGCUGACCCUGGAUAUUCUUGGGUUUAUUGGUUUGGUGACCACAAGAUAUCACAAAUUGCUGCCGAGAAGAUUGUUCCAUUUGUGUACAACUUCAGCCAUUUCUUUGGGAAAAAGACAGGAAAAUUGUACCAAUCUGCUAUUUCAGAAGCCCUGCAGGUGUGUGUCAUGAGGUGUGGCAUCGUCAAGUCUGAGGAUGCGGUCUUGCAAUGGGCAGUGGACGGCUUCUGUAUUCCUCAGGGUACUCGUGUGGACCAGGCCACUAGUCCAUUCGACCCAACACCAGGUGAGGAGCUACCAAGAGAUGUUCUUGAAAAUCUGAAGAAAGUAUACAAUAAAGUUAGUGAAAGUGUUGACGUGGAAACUAAAUCACGGAGCCGGGAUAGUCGAGAUAGUGCUCUAGACAUAGUGAAAGCUGGACAAAAGAAACUUGAAGAAGUGUGUAUUGCCUGUGAUGACAAUGAAAAGUCGAUACACUGUUCUCACCCACUGUUUGAAGGGGGCCUGUGUAAAGAUUGUAAGGAUGAGUUGACCGAGACACUUUACUGCUAUGGCAGUGAUGGCACAAGUGUGUAUUGUGCGAUCUGUGGUUUUGGUGGAGAAUUGUUUGUGUGUGACAACUUGAACAAGUGUGGCAAGGCCUAUUGUACAGAGUGUAUGGAGCUGUUCCUAGGGGAGGACACUGUUGCAAAGAUACGGAAGGCAAAUGAGUGGCAGUGUUUCAUGUGCACCCAGUACAGCUCGACCUCACAUGGCUGUCUGCAUCCUCACAAAGAUUGGCAGCAACGAAUUAUCAAACUGUUUGACACUGGCUACAGAGUUACUGAGCCUGACCUUGGUUACUUGAGCUGUGAAAAUAAGCACCAGAUCAGAGUUCUGUCCUUGUUUGAUGGAAUUGGCACUGCCAAGUUGAUUUUGGACAAUCUGAACAUUGACAUAGACAAAUACUACUCGAGUGAGAUUGAUGAGGAUGCCCUGUUAGUCUCCUCUGUACAUCAUGGCAGUGAGGUCAUUCAGAUCGGUGAUGUCACCAAACUUAACGAGGAAAAGCUGAGAUCACUGUGCCCCAUAGAUCUAGUGAUAGGAGGAUCACCUUGCAAUGAUUUCUCUUUGGCCAAUCCUGUGCGGAAAGGCUUUGAGUUUGGUGGGACUGGUAUGCUGUUUUUCCACUUUUACCGAGUUCUGAAAUCCGUGCAGAACUUCAAUGUUGGCAGACACCUAUUUUGGCUAUAUGAGAAUGUAGCUUCAAUGAAAAGUGAAUACAAAAAGGAAAUGUCUCUAUUUCUGGAGUGUGACCCUGCUUUAUGGGACUCGAAGUUCUUCUCUCCUCAGACGAGAGCUCGGUACUUCUGGGGCAACAUACCGGGCAUGUAUAGUACUCCUGAACUGUCCGAGCAGUACUGGUCAAACUUCCAUUUGGACACCAUGCUCUCGCCUCAUUGUAACCGGAAGGCCACGGUGGACAGGAUUCGGACAGUAACAACACGAACAAACUCGUUGAAGCAGGGCAAAAAGGAUGAUAUGCUUCCUGUGAUGAUGAAUGGCAAAGAGGACAAUAUCUGGAUCAGUGAACUAGAAAGGGUUUUUGGUUUCCCGCCCCACUACACGGAUGUGGGUAACCUCCCCACAACUAGACGGCAGAGGCUGCUUGGCAAAUCCUGGUCUGUUCCAGUUGUCCAGCACAUAUUGUCACCUCUCACACAAUACUUCGCUAUUAGAAAGGCAUCCAACUUGCAGACAGAAUGCUUGCAAGAAGGGGAGUAACUCUGAUUCCAUGACCAAACUCUAGUGUCUUGAUGAAAUUGCAGAAAAGAACAUUUUUGAAAUGCUGACAAAUUCAGGAAAACUUAUUGGUCAGAAUGUGGAUACCAGUGGUGUUUUGUAGAAUCCUUGGAUACCAGUGGUGUUUUACGGAAUCCUUGGAUACCAGUGGUGUUUUAUGGAAUCCUUGGAUACCAGUGGUGUUUUAUGGAAUCCUUUAGAUACCAGUGGUGUUUUAUGGAAUCCUUAGAUAUCAGUGGUGUUUUAUGGAAUCCUUAGAUACCAGUGGUGUUUUAUGAAAUCCUUGGAUACCAGUGGUGUUUUAUGGAAUCCUUUAGAUACCAGUGGUGUUUUAUGGAAUCCUUUAGAUACCAGUGGUGUUUUAUGGAAUCCUUGGAUACCAGUGGUGUUUUAUGGAAUCCUUAGAUACCAGUGGUGUUUUAUGGAAUCCUUGGAUACCAGUGGUGUUUUAUGGAAUCCUUGGAUACCAGUGGUGUUUUAUGGAAUCCUUUAGAUACCAGUGGUGUUUUAUGGAAUCCUUUAGAUACCAGUGGUGUUUUAUGGAAUCCUUAGAUAUCAGUGGUGUUUUAUGGAAUCCUUGGAUACCAGUGGUGUUUUAUGAAAUCCUUGGAUACCAGUGGUGUUUUAUGGAAUCCUUGGAUACCAGUGGUGUUUUAUGGAAUCCUUGGAUACCAGUGGUGUUUUAUGGAAUCCUUUAGAUACCAGUGGUGUUUUAUGGAAUCCUUGGAUACCAGUGGUGUUUUAUGGAAUCCUUGGAUACCAGUGGUGUUUUAUGAAAUCCUUGGAUACCAGUGGUGUUUUAUGGAAUCUUUUAGAUACCAGUGGUGUUUUAUGGAAUCCUUUAGAUACCAGUGGUGUUUUAUGGAAUCCUUUGAUACCAGUGGUGUUUUACGGAAUCCUUGGAUACUAGUGGUGUUUAACGGAAUCCUUGGAUUCCAGUGGUGUUUUAUGGAAUCCUUUAGAUACCAGUGGUGUUUUACGGAAUCCUUGGAUACCAGUGAUGUUUUAUGGAAUCCUUGGAUACCAGUGGUGUUUUAUGGAAUCCUUGUAUACCAGUGGUGUUUUAUGGAAUCCUUGGAUACCAGUGGUGUUUUAUGGAAUCCUUUAGAUACCAGUGGUGUUUUAUGGAAUCCUUUAGAUACCAGUGGUGUUUUAUGGAAUCCUUAGAUAUCAGUGGUGUUUUAUGGAAUCCUUGGAUACCAGUGGUGUUUUAUGGAAUCCUUGGAUACCAGUGGUGUUUUAUGGAAUCCUUGGAUACCAGUGGUGUUUUACGGAAUCCUUGGAUUCCAGUGGUGUUUUAUGGAAUCCUUUAGAUACCAGUGGUGUUUUACGGAAUCCUUGGAUACCAGUGAUGUUUUAUGGAAUCCUUGGAUACCAGUGGUGUUUUAUGGAAUCCUUGUAUACCAGUGGUGUUUUAUGGAAUCCUUGGAUACCAGUGGUGUUUUAUGGAAUCCUUGGAUACCAGUGGUGUUUUAUGGAAUCCUUUAGAUACCAGUGGUGUUUUAUGGAAUCCUUUAGAUACCAGUGGUGUUUUAUGGAAUCCUUAGAUAUCAGUGGUGUUUUAUGGAAUCCUUGGAUACCAGUGGUGUUUUAUGAAAUCCUUGGAUACCAGUGGUGUUUUAUGGAAUCCUUGGAUACCAGUGGUGUUUUAUGGAAUCCUUGGAUACCAGUGGUGUUUUAUGGAAUCCUUUAGAUACCAGUGGUGUUUUAUGGAAUCCUUAGAUACCAGUGGUGUUUUAUGGAAUCCUUGGAUACCAGUGGUGUUUUAUGGAAUCCUUGGAUACCAGUGGUGUUUUAUGAAAUCCUUGGAUACCAGUGGUGUUUUAUGGAAUCCUUUAGAUACCAGUGGUGUUUUAUGGAAUCCUUUGAUACCAGUGGUGUUUUAUGGAAUCCUUGGAUACCAGUGGUGUUUUAUGGAAUCCUUUGAUACCAGUGGUGUUUUAUGGAAUCCUUGGAUACCAGUGGUGUUUUACGGAAUCCUUGGAUACUAGUGGUGUUUUACGGAAUCCUUGGAUUCCAGUGGUGUUUUAUGGAAUCCUUUAGAUACCAGUGGUGUUUUACGGAAUCCUUGGAUACCAGUGGUGUUUUAUGGAAUCCUUUAGAUACCAGUGGUGUUUUAUGGAAUCCUUUAGAUACCAGUGGUGUUUUAUGGAAUCCUUUAGAUACCAGUGGUGUUUUAUGGAAUCCUUAGAUAUCAGUGGUGUUUUAUGGAAUCCUUGGAUACCAGUGGUGUUUUAUGAAAUCCUUGGAUACCAGUGGUGUUUUAUGGAAUCCUUGGAUACCAGUGGUGUUUUAUGGAAUCCUUGGAUACCAGUGGUGUUUUAUGGAAUCCUUUAGAUACCAGUGGUGUUUUAUGGAAUCCUUAGAUACCAGUGGUGUUUUAUGGAAUCCUUGGAUACCAGUGGUGUUUUAUGGAAUCCUUGGAUACCAGUGGUGUUUUAUGAAAUCCUUGGAUACCAGUGGUGUUUUAUGGAAUCCUUUAGAUACCAGUGGUGUUUUAUGGAAUCCUUUGAUACCAGUGGUGUUUUAUGGAAUCCUUGGAUACCAGUGGUGUUUUAUGGAAUCCUUUGAUACCAGUGGUGUUUUAUGGAAUCCUUGGAUACCAGUGGUGUUUUACGGAAUCCUUGGAUACUAGUGGUGUUUUACGGAAUCCUUGGAUUCCAGUGGUGUUUUAUGGAAUCCUUUAGAUACCAGUGGUGUUUUACGGAAUCCUUGGAUACCAGUGAUGUUUUAUGGAAUCCUUGGAUACCAGUGGUGUUUUAUGGAAUCCUUGUAUACCAGUGGUGUUUUAUGGAAUCCUUUGAUACCAGUGGUGUUUUAUGGAAUCCUUGGAUACCAGUGGUGUUUUAUGGAAUCCUUGUAUACCAGUGGUGUUUUAUGAAAUCCUUGGAUACCAGUGGUGUUUUAUGGAAUCCUUGGAUACCAGUGGUGUUUUAUGGAAUCCUUGGAUACCAGUGGUGUUUUAUGGAAUCCUUUAGAUACCAGUGGUGUUUUAUGGAAUCCUUGUAUACCAGUGGUGUUUUAUGGAAUCCUUGGAUACCAGUGGUGUUUUAUGGAAUCCUUGGAUACCAGUGGUGUUUUAUGGAAUCCUUUAGAUACCAGUGGUGUUUUAUGGAAUCCUUUAGAUACCAGUGGUGUUUUAUGGAAUCCUUUGAUACCAGUGGUGUUUUAUGGAAUCCUUGGAUACCAGUGGUGUUUUAUGGAAUCCUUUGAUACCAGUGGUGUUUUAUGGAAUCCUUGGAUACCAGUGGUGUUUUACGGAAUCCUUGGAUACUAGUGGUGUUUUACGGAAUCCUUGGAUUCCAGUGGUGUUUUAUGGAAUCCUUUAGAUACCAGUGGUGUUUUACGGAAUCCUUGGAUACCAGUGAUGUUUUAUGGAAUCCUUGGAUACCAGUGGUGUUUUAUGGAAUCCUUGUAUACCAGUGGUGUUUUAUGGAAUCCUUGGAUACCAGUGGUGUUUUAUGGAAUCCUUGUAUACCAGUGGUGUUUUAUGAAAUCCUUUAGAUACCAGUGGUGUUUUAUGGAAUCCUUAGAUACCAGUGGUGUUUUAUGGUAUCCAUGGAUACUGGAGAUGUUUUAUGGUAUCCAAGGAUAGAUAUAUUUUGUGGUCUUUGGAUACUAAUGUAUGCGUUAUGGUAUCCAAGGAUACUGGAGAUGUUUUGUGAUAUUCUUUUGAUACUUAUGUAUUCUUUAAGGUAUCCGUGGAUACUGGAGAUGUUUUUUUGUAUCCAAGGAUAGGUAUACAAAA